AUGCGUCCUGAUAGUUUUAAUGUCGGAUGGACCCAAGAAUGGACAUCGUUGAAACGACUUCGAAAAAAUAAAUGCAUCGAUGUUCACGAGGUAGUGCGAGGGCCAUUCUGCUCGCCAAGAUUACUAAAAACACGACCAUUUGUCGCGUUCUCGUCUUGUCAACGACAAGAGAAGAACUAUUUCGAUUUACCUCGAGGCAUUCCCGACACUUGGAGAGAGUAUUUAAUUUCUAAAGGAUUCUGUACUACCAGUGAAGCGUAUGUAUUGCAAAAAAAUUUGAUACCCUCUUGUAUCAGAUAUUUCGCCACUGACAGGCUAUGGAAUGAUACAAGUUUAUCUUUUAUACAAGGAAUCCCCGAUCCAUGGAAAAGUAGGUCUUUUCAUCGAAGACAGCCUGCUAAAUGUUCUCGGCUGCGAUUUCCUCGCGCCAAAAACGUUCGUUCCACGCGAGCUGCAUACAUAUACGAUGGAGAUGAUGAAGCAGAAAUAGAAUCCAGCGAGCGGUGUCAAUUUAAUAAAGAUCGUAUUGACGAUAAAAAAGAUCCUUCUCAAGAAGGACACGGAGCAUCAAAUUACUCGCUAAUUGAAGAAAUAUUCAAAGAUAAUUUCGAAGCUAAGAAAACAGCAGAAAGAUACAGCAGUCGGUUUCCUUUCGACAAAGAGUCGAAAAUAUCGAGCCGAAAUAAGCGUAGAGCGAAACGCGACCAGUAUACCGAGAUUGAUUUAGGAAAAAUUACUCCGAAUAAACAUAUCAAGAACGAUCGACUGAAGGAUGAAAAGCAACUUACGCCCAAAAAAGAUAAGACAAUUACUAAAAAAAUUUCUAAAGAUUUAAAAAAUAAGACAAUUACUAUUAAAAAGGGGAUUCAAACUGUGCCUAUAAACGUAGCAGAUGGAGCUACACAAACUGGCAUACUUCUGAAAGAUAAAACUGUUCAAGAAGGGUCAUUUUCUAAAAAGCAUGUAGAGAUAAAUACUAAACCGUACGCGGAUGAUGCUGUUUGCUGCAAUUGCAUACUGCGUGGUUACAUACUUUCGAGUAUGCAUUGUUUUCCUAAUUUUACGAAUUUAUGGAAAGACAUGGAUCUAUCGAACCGCGUGUUGUGCCAGGAAUGCGAAAAUACUUAUUGCAAACGCAAGUCGGAGAAAUUAAUUACUCCGACGAAGAAAUUGGAAUUUUGUACGCCAGAUCCGAAGAAAUGUAAUCGAGUAUACGCGAUGCAAAAUGAAAUUUACAAACGGACGAAGCAGAAAUUGCGCGUCUGCGUGCAGAAGGCAAGGAAACGGCUCGCAGCGCGAGAUACACCAGACCGUUGCGUGCAAACAAAGGACGCGAUUGUCUCUAAGCAAGAAUUAAAACUGAUGUGUUAUCACUGUAAUAGCCCUUAUCUGAAAAUCGCGAGCAUCUCUGCAAAUACUUCCGGUCGAAAUACACGUUCGUGUAUUUGCAGAACAGCCUUGAGUAAACUGAAGAUCGUGCAACAUAAGAUCGGGGAUCACGUUACGAAACGUUCAAUCACAAAAAGGGGAAAAAACUGCAGUUACACGUGCAGUGAAAGCAAGAGGUAUGUUUCUAAAUGUGAUUUUGACUGCACGUCACCAUCGGUUAUUAAAUGGAGAAAUAAUGUGGCAGAAAAGAAUUAUUCUGGAUUCUUGAAGGAAAGUGGUCAUCACAAUACAAUGCACGGGAAUGUUGUAACAGAUGUAACAACCGACAUCAAAGAAAUGUUAAAAAACGCUACUGGUAAUCAAUUAUUUACAGAUGGUAUAAAAAAAGAAAGAUGUGAGAAUGGACCGUCAGGAGAUGACUCGUUCAACGUUGUAAAUAAAAAUAAAGAAAUGGACAAACAAACUAAUACCGUGAUUAACGAGAACGAAGGAGAAAUUGAAGCUGCACAAUUUCAACUCUCGAAAUCUGAUAAAAUCCUGUGGUACUCUGUAUCAGAUAGUGGAGAAUAUGCGGACUUAUCCGAUAACAUUACAGAUGUCGGUUUUAAUGUCACGGCCCAAGAUAGACUCUUAGUGACUUCAAUAACUUCCACACAGCAGUUGGAUAAUGCUAUUUCAACAAAAAGACACUAUCAGAAAAAGAAAUCGAGGAGACCCUGUCACGUACGGUGUAAAUCAUCGGGAGGAAUUGCGUCAGAUUUCAAGCAGAGUUUAGAAUUUGGAAGUAAUUUUCCAGUUACUUCGUAUAACGACGUUCCGUGUUCCUCGACUGACAAAAAUAGCAAAGUCCAUGGAGAAUUAAUUGGUAUAAGAAAAAAAAAAGAAAUAUUAAAAUAAAUGAAUAUAGUACAAUUGGUUUCAAAGAGUAUUAUCAGAACAAUUGUACAAUCGACAGUGCAAUCGCAUCAACGUUAAUGGAAUAUGAAGAUGUUUUAUACCACAUACUUAAUAUAUACAUAAAAGUUUUCUAUGAUAAGUUUAGAUACUUUCGUGUACCCUUGUAUUUAAUACCAAUCAAAGCAUAAAGUGUAUAACGUGAUUAAGAUAAGAACUAAUAACUGAGAAAGAUGAUUACAGAAUUCGUUAACUAUGAAGGAAAUUUCACCGAUGUUGCACAUAUUUGGUAAACAAUAAAGAAAUAGAACAAAACUUUUUCCUAACAUUGACACUAGAGUAUUCCUGGAUUUUAAUUUAUUCAUAAAAUAAAGAUUAUUCACCGAA